GGAGGAGGAUGGCGGGGGACAGCGAGCAGCGGCUGGAGGAGCACGGGCAGCCCAGCGGCGGCGAGCCCUUUCUCAUCGGGGUCAGCGGUGGCACGGCCAGCGGCAAGUCCUCAGUAUGCUCCAAGAUCGUCCAGCUGCUGGGCCAGAAUGAGGUGGACUACCGCCAGAAGCAGGUGGUGAUUGUGAGCCAAGACAGCUUCUACCGGGUCCUCACCUCAGAGCAGAAAUCCAAAGCACUCAAAGGCCAGUUCAAUUUUGACCACCCAGAUGCCUUUGACAACGAGCUGAUCGUGAAAACACUCAAAGAGAUCACAGAAGGGAAGACGGUCCAGAUUCCUGUCUAUGACUUUGUCUCCCACUCCAGGAAAGAGGAGACGGUGACUGUCUACCCUGCUGACGUGGUGCUCUUUGAAGGCAUCCUGGCCUUUUACAGCCAGGAGGUGCGCGAUCUGUUCCGCAUGAAGCUCUUUGUGGACACGGAUGCAGACACCCGGCUGUCCCGCAGAGUGCUACGAGACAUCAGUGAGCGAGGCAGGGACCUCGAGCAGAUCUUGUCUCAGUACAUCACCUUCGUCAAGCCUGCCUUCGAGGAGUUCUGUUUGCCAACCAAGAAGUAUGCUGAUGUGAUCAUUCCCAGAGGAGCAGAUAAUGAAGUGGCCAUAAACCUGAUAGUGCAGCACAUCCAGGACAUUCUCAACGGAGGACUCAGCAAACGCCAGAGCAACGGCUACCUGAAUGGCUACACUCCUCCCCGCCAGCGGCAGCCCUCAGAGUCCAGCAGCCGGCCUCACUGACCCCGGGCGGCAGGCGCGAGGCUGGGGGCGGCAGGCGCUCGGGCCCUGCCCCUGCCCCUCUGUACAUACUGUCCGUUCAUUCCCCCCUUAUCUAUUUAAGAAACCAAGACGGAGACGAAUGCCUUUAAUUUUGUAUGUUGGAAAUGCCAAAUGAGAAGCAGCCGGCUGCUUGGGAGCCUGGACCGCCCACGGCUCCCGGCCUCGCUCAGUAACUCCUCCAGCACAGAACCGGCUAUAAAUCUCUAUAAAUACAGAAUUGCUCUAUUUUUGUGUACAUGCAGAACAACGUAAAAUUAAUUGCCAUAAGGUAUUUGCCAGGCUCGGUGUUGCUGGGAGGGGGCUGGGAAGAGGGUCCUGGGAAUUGUUGGUGUCAGGAGCCUCACGUCCUCACAGCCUGAAGAGCACCCAACAGCUGCUUUAGUAUCACAGUGAGCUCUAUCCUGGGGAAGGGAUGGGUUGUGGUGGAGGCGGCACCUUGAGUGUGACAUGGAUUUUGUGACUGUGGUGAGGUUGCCUCCUGCUGUUGCUGUUCAGGUGUGAGCAGCCUGGUUUGGGCUGGCAUAUGUCACUGGGUGUUGGGAGAAUGAUGUGUAACACCUCACCUGUCUCUGUACCUCCAGAUCUCAGUCCUACAUGCUCAGUCCUCAGCAUCCCUUUCCGUGUCUGACACCCCACCACAGGUGUGGGUCCGCUGUCACCCUCCAGCAAAGUCCCUGGUAGGUAAUGUUGGGUAUGUCUCACUGCCUGGCUUGAGUGGGGCCAGCAUGUGGAUACCUUCAGCCCCUCUGGAGCUUUGUGGCCAUGUGUGCGGUGGGACUCCUAGCCGAGCCCUUGUAUCAACCCUCAGCCUAGAGGCUGGCUUAUGGAAGGUCAGAGUUGUGUCUCUCAUUCCUCACUUGGAACAAGUUUGCUUUUGGAUGGAAGAUUUUGAGUCUCUAACAUAGG